AUGAGGUCCGCACCGAAGAACGAGACCGAGGCUGAGCGCGAUGCUCAAGCCAGCAGUACGAUGGACACUGCAGAGGUCAAAGAGGUCGAACACUCAGGUGUUAAGCUCUAUUCCAAUGCCGAUGAGAUCGGGCACCUUGUCAACCCAAAAUGGCACUGGAUUCGCAUUUCCCUCUUCCUCUCCUCCCUCUCCUCCUUCUCCAAAGAUGCGCUGCGAGUGCUGAGGGAGCGCUUCGAGGAUCUGCAGAUGGAGCGUGACGAUGAAAAUAACAGAAGGAAGUGGAUCAACUCAAAGGUGAUUUAUAGGACGAAUUCGGUGCAUGGGGGUUCACCGUUGUGGGAGAUGGAGUGCGCUGAUUAUGGAGAUGAAGAUGGCAAUGAGGAAUUGGAACAAGAUACCGGCAAUGAAGCUGCUGGAUUAGUCCUUUCGUCGCCUCUGCACUUCAACAUCGACAGACACCGAGUGCACGCGGUCAGCGAGGUGAUCAGUGCUCGCGCUCGGCCUGGCCUGAGCAGGACCGUGCAACAGGGCGAGGCUGUGUCUGCGACAACCGAAUACCAGGAAAGGUUCGUGGACAGAUACCUGGGUAUCGUGACAGAUAGGCAGGCUGUGGUAGAGGCGGCACAAGACGACGAAGCAGUUGUAUUACCGGAUCUGGUGGAUCUUGAGCGAGGCAUACCUCUCCUAGAGCUAGGUAACUGCGUCUCGGCCGCUUCGCAUAUUCUUACAGCAUAUGACGUAGCCACCGUACCAUGGUUGCGCUGUGUCGUGUCCUUGACGCAACAGCGGUUUUUCUGA